CUUCGUUUGAAACCUUCACUUCAAGAAAUCCAAGAUAUUGUAGCCGCUAAAAAGGGAAAUACUAUUCCAGUUUAUGCACAAAUUCCCGCAGACUUACUUACACCAGUAAGCGCAUAUUUGCGCAUAUCACAAAAUAGUGAAUAUUCUUUCCUAUUAGAGUCAGUGGCAGGUGGUGAAAGGAUUGGACGAUACUCGUUUCUUGGAGCUGAACCAUAUAAGAUUCUGAAAACUGGAGAUAAUGAAGAAAUACAAGGAGAUCCGUUAAUAGCUUUGGAAAAGGAAUUAGAGUCGAUUAAAUUUGUUUCCGUGCCAGGGAUUCCUGCCUUCACUGGUGGUGCUAUUGGAUACAUUGCAUAUGAUUGUGUAAAGUAUUUUGAAUCUCGUACUGCACGCGAUUUACUAGAUCCGCUUGGUCUGCCAGAUUCAGUUUUCCUAUUUUGCGACACUAUUGUUAUUUUUGAUCAUCUUUACCAAAUUUUAAAUGUUGUCUCCCAUUAUCGGAGUGAUUCAACAAAUCCCCAAGACAUUGAAAGGGAAUAUAAAAAAACUAUGGGAAAGAUCGACGCAGUUAUGACUCUACUUAAUUCCGAAACAACACCUAAAAUUCCGCAGGGUGAAAUUCGACUUAAUCAAAAUUCUGUCUCUAAUGUUGGUAAAAAAGGUUAUGAAGAAUUUGUAACAAAGCUAAAACAUCAUAUCAAGAAAGGUGAUAUAAUUCAAGCCGUCCCUUCACAAAGACUUGCACGACCCACGACAUUACACCCGUUCAAUAUAUAUCGUCACUUGCGCACUGUCAAUCCUUCCCCUUAUAUGUUUUAUAUCAAUUUAAAUGACAUCAAAAUUGUUGGUGCAUCACCCGAGCUACUUGUCAAAGUCGAUGAAGACGGAACUGUGACUAAUCAUCCAAUCGCAGAUUUUAAUAUUGAAAUUAUACGGAUGAUAGAUGAUCAAAGACUUGCCGAGGAUUUACUUAAUGAUCCGAAGGAACGAGCCGAGCACAUUAUGCUUGUUGAUCUUGGACGGAAUGAUAUAAAUCGGGUUUGCCGACCUGAGACUGUUAAGGUUGAUUCUCUCAUGCACAUUGAAAGAUAUAGUCAUGUUAUGCAUAUUGUUAGCCAGGUUUCUGGUAAGCUUCGAGAAGGCAAAACGAGGUUCGACGCGUUUCGCUCUAUUUUUCCAGCUGGUACAGUUUCUGGUGCACCAAAAGUUCGAGCAAUGGAGCUUAUUGCUGAAUUGGAACAGGAAAAACGUGGUAUUUACGCAGGCGCUGUUGGUCAUUUUGAUUUUGCAAAUUCGAUCGACACAUGUAUUGCGAUACGCACAAUGGUUUUUAAAGAUGGUGUUGCUUAUCUUCAAGCAGGUGGUGGAAUAGUCUAUGAUAGUGUAGAAGAGGAUGAAUUUCAGGAAACGAUUAACAAAUUGAAGUCGAAUAUUACGUGCAUUGAUAAAGCCGAGGAAUAUUAUCACAGAUUGCACACGCAAAUGCUAUAA